CAAGUGGAACUAAAAAAAAGGUACCUCACUGGAAAAAAACGUUACAGAGGCAUUUCACAUUUCGACAGAGCACUUCUCUUAAACUUGCCUUUAUCUUUGGAAAAAUGCCACACAACAACACAGAAAACUGCAGCAUAUCUCAUUUCAGAUAUCCACUUUUCACUUCCACCUACAGCAUCGUGCUGCUCUUCGGUCUUCCUUUGAACUCUUUGUCUCUUUGGAUAUUGGUUUGUCGGAAUGGCUUGAAGAAAUCCGUUCCGGUGAUCUACAUGGCCAACCUGGCCUUAUCGGACCUAUUUUUUACGCUUUCCCUGCCCUUUCGGAUCAUCUACUUCGCCAAAGGUGAAUGGAAGCUGGGGAACACUCUAUGCAUGAUUCCAGGGACCCUUUUUGCUGUCAACAUCUACUCCAGCUCCUUGUUCAUCACGCUCAUCAGCGUGGACCGGAUGCUGGCUGUGGUGUAUCCGCUGAGAUCUCGACAAUUACGGACAGUACCAAUGGCCUGGGUGUUCUGUGCGAUUGUGUGGCUGAUCAUUGCUGGAGUAGCAGUGCCAACAGCCUUAAACCAUCCCGAAAAUAGAGACACAAAAUUACCUUUCUGCAUCAUUCUGGGCUGUACGGUGGCAGUCGUGCGCCAGUUGAAAGGCUACAGCAUGGCGACUUCCUCGUGCAACACUGAGCUGAGCAAAAGCAAGAUCGUCAAGCUCUUUCUGUCGAACUUGCUCAUCUAUGCCAUUUGUUUUAUCCCAUUUCACAUUGCUUUUAUUCUCUUUGGCUUGAAGAAACUUGAUAUCUUGCAUGGAAAUAGAACUCUUGACUCUUACUUUGACCUACACACUGUUACCAUGUGCAUGGCCAGCACAAACAGCUGUCUGGACCCCUUGAUCUACUAUUUCAGCACAAAGACUAUUCAAGGCAGAACAAGAUGUGAUUCUUCAUCUAGAACCGUCAGACUCGGCCUGGUCCAGAGCAUGAGUUGGAACGGACAGUAAGGCACCAUCCAUCAUAAUCGCUUAUGUCUUUGAGGUAAACAAGCUCUUUGUCUGAGAGGAAAUGGUUAUGUAAAAAAAAAAACCAAGUCUUAAACCAAAAGCUGACUCACGCACAAGAACGUUGCACAUCUCUGCUUGUGUGCAUCGCGUGUAAGAUUUGCAACUCCGUUCAGGCUCGGGCGUCCAAAAGUGGGCGAAAAGGGAAGAAGACACUUAAAGUUGAGCCGAAGUUACUCAUGACCUUCCAAUGUGAUACUUGAUUUUGUUCUGCAAAACUUGCAUUGUUGCAAACCAUUAUCUAAGCUGUUUAUAUUUGCUAAAAACCAAGGGCAGUUGCAACUGAAGGAAUGUUGGACCCUCUGGUUGCUGUUGUUGCAUUAGCUUUAUUUCUACCAGCAUUACAGUUGAAAACUUGUAUAGUUUGUCUUAUUUCUGUUCCUGUGUCAUAAAUCUAAACUGGAUUUUUAUUUCCCUAAGAAUGCACUUAAUAUUUGCAUAGUAAUAUGUACACACUUUUAUUUUUGUGUCAUGCAUUAUGUUAGCUGAAAUAAACCAAACAUACUUCUAUAAGUUUAAUCUAUCACUUUUAUCUUCUCGGAUAAGAUCUCCGUUACGCUGAUUAAUUUACCGUGAAAUGGGGGUGUGAAAAAGUCAAAAAACGUUCACACAGUUGCACAACGCUCACAGGCUGGCAGAAGGAAGUGAAAGUUUCAAGUCAACAGUGUUCAAUAUCCACACCCUCCUCCUCUGUUGAUUCACACGAGGGAUCUUUUACAUGUUGCGGUUUGUGGGCCAAGUGUGCCGAAAGGUCUUGCGUGUGCACUUACUUCUCUGUACUGAUCAACAGAGCGGGAGUAGGGUUUCAGCAGUUUAUUGACAGAUUUUACAAGCGAUUAUUAUUUACAAAGCAGCAGAAUAGAGUGCAUCAAAUCAAACGCCUCAUUUAUUCCAGAUAAAACCAAUUGUUGCUACACCAGUAUGUGGAAGAGGAACAAAUACAUAUAAAUGGUACAAUUAGAAAAAGUGCAAGCGAUAUGAAAUGAUUCCACCAUUUAAAAAAAGAA